AUGCCGCAUAUUAAGAGUCAAUCAACAAAAGCUAUGUUCCGGUACGUUCCGAUAACUUUGUAUGGAAAGUCGAGGUCAAUGAAAACAUAUGCGCUCAUCGACGAUGGGUCUGCGUGUACAUUGCUGGAGAGACACGUGGCUGAAGAACUUGGCUUGGAUGGCCCUUCUGAGGACCUUUGCCUACGUUGGACUGGAGACAUCACCCAAAAUGAGCCUGACUCUAAAGUGAUCACUGUGGGUAUCUCACCAACUAGUGACACAUCUCCACGCUUUUAUCUUCCAAGCGUUCGCACCAUAUCCAGCCUUGACCUUCCAGAACACUCGCUAACACAAGAAAUUCUGGAUUCGCAUAGUCACCUAAGGCACCUAACGAUCGAACCAUACAACGCUGUUCGCGCCACGAUACUUCUCGGGAUUGACAACGCUAAACUUGGUGUGCCUCUUACAGUCAAGGAAAGUGAAGGUAAUCCUCUUAUAGCGACCAAGUCCAGGAUUGGUUGGUCUGUGUAUGGGCGUCGUACUGAACCAUCCAUAAACUACAAUAGAGUGAUGCAUAUAUGCUCUUGCGAGCCUGCUGUGAGAUUGGAUGAAAUCAUCAAGGAAAAUUACGCUUUGGAGGCAGUGGAAGUCUGCUUGAAACCCGAUUCGCUGCGUUCCAAGUCCGAUGAGCGGGCUCUAGAAAUUAUGGAGUCAUCUACUGAAUAUCAUCCGGAGCUGAAAAAAUGGGAGACCGGUUUGUUGUGGAAAUAUGACCACAUCAAUCUGCCUGAGUCAUGGUCGAUGGCGAUCCGACGACUUGACUGCUUGGAACGAAGGAUGAGUCGGGACCCCAACUUACGAGAGGUUCUUAACGUACAGCUAAAAGUCUUUGAGGAGAAGGGGUAUAUCCGAAAAUUAUGCAAAGGCGGAAGAUCGUGGUUCCUUCCUAGUUUUACUGUGACCAAUAAAAAUAAAGGUAAAAUUAGAGUGGUGUGGGAUGCUGCCGCGACUGUGAACGGUGUGGCAUUGAACACUUACCUUCUUAAAGGACCCGAUAUGCUGGCAUCGCUACUUGGUGUAUUGAUUCGAUUUCGGGAGCACUCUGUUGCAAUCACAGGGGAUAUUCGAGAGAUGUUUCACCAGAUCCGAGUACGCAGUGAGGAUCAACGGGCUCAACAGUUUCUCUGGCGAUCCGGAGAACGCCACCGGGAGCCGGACGUUUACGUAAUGGCCGUCAUAACAUUUGGAGCUGCCUGCUCCCCAACCCUAGCCAACUUCAUAAAAAACAAAAACGCUGGCCGAUUUAGCAAUGAGUUUCCGAAAGCGGUUGAUGCUAUUAAUCGCAACACUUAUGUAGACGACUGGUUGCAGAGUGUUGACACUGAACGGGAGAUGAUCACGGUUGCGGGACAGGUGAAGCACAUACACAGUGAGGGUGGUUUUGUAAUGCGUAAGUGGCUCUCCAAUUCUGCCAAAGUACUCGAAGCCAUUUCGGGUACAAAAGCACAAAGCAACAAGUGCCUUAAAGAAUCUACUGCGACGUUCGAAAAGGUCCUAGGCAUGUGGUGGAUGCCUCAAACAGACGAGCUCACAUUCGUUGAAAGAUUCAACCGGGCAGUUUUUAAUGAGAACAUACAUCCCUCGAAGCGCAGCAUUCUCAGAGUGAUCAUGUCUAUUGGAUUGAUAGGGUUUUACAUGAUACAAGCCAAGAUAAUUUUACAAAAUAUAUGGAGAUCAGGAUGCGUUUGGGAUGAUCCCAUCAACGAGGCAGACUGCAAGGCGUGGUGGUCUUGGAUCCGGAUACUACCGCAAAUAACUCGUAUUCGCAUACCACGCUGCUAUCCUCUAGCUAGUCGUAGCCCGGAGUUACAGCUUCACAUAUUUUGCGACGCAAGCACGGCCGCGUAUGCAACGGCAGCUUAUUUGAGAGCCGCAGUCGAUGGUACGGUGAGCUUCUGCCUGGUAGCAUCCAGGUCUCGAGUUACGCCUUUAAAGCCCGUGUCUAUACCGCGCCUGGAACUGAUUUGUGCUAUUUUGGGAUUACGACUUUCGAAAUUCAUAAGAAAAGAGAUGACUUUACCCGUAUUUAAGGAGAUAUAUUGGACCGAUUCGAAGAAUGUUCUCUAUUGGGUGAGAUCCGAUGCGCGCAAAUUUAAUCAGCUCGUAGCGUUAAGGGAUGGCGAAAUUUUAGAGUCAACGUACGUGGACGAUUGGAGGUGGGUGCGCUCUGCGAACAAUGUGGCCGAUGACGCUACGAAGUGGAAACAGUUUACAAAACUUGACGGAGACUCAAGAUGGUUUAACGGUCCCCAAUUCUUACAACUCCCCGAGUCAUAA